GCAAAUAGAGCACUUAAUGUGCAGCUAGUCAUUGAGGAUACUCUAAAAGCAGGAAUGGAUCUUGCAUGUUUUAGCCAGUGGUGGUUUAAUGUAAAACAUAGAAACAGCUGUGAACUUGAGUGUUCGUCUGCUGCUAAGGUGGGUCUACUGGUUGCCUGCUGCUUUGCUUCUGGACCCAGGGAUCCUGGAUUACUGGCUGCUGUCAUGCAUAGUUUCAGGAUUCAAAGGACAUAACGGACACUAACGUGAUAGAAUGGAUGAACAGUCCCAAGGCAUGCAGGGGCCUACUGCUCCACCUUUUCAGCCACAGAAAGCCUUACGACCUGACAUGGGAUAUAAUACACUUGCCAAUUUCCGAAUAGAGAAAAAGAUUGGUCGUGGGCAGUUCAGUGAAGUUUACAGAGCAACUUGCCUGUUGGAUGGGGUACCAGUGGCUCUGAAGAAGGUUCAGAUAUUUGAUUUAAUGGAUGCCAAAGCCCGUGCUGACUGCAUCAAAGAAAUAGAUCUUCUUAAGCAACUGAAUCAUCCAAAUGUAAUUAAAUAUUAUGCUUCAUUCAUUGAAGACAAUGAACUGAACAUAGUGUUGGAAUUAGCUGAUGCUGGAGAUCUCUCUAGAAUGAUCAAGCAUUUUAAGAAACAGAAGAGAUUGAUUCCUGAAAGAACAGUUUGGAAGUACUUUGUUCAGCUGUGCAGUGCCUUGGAACAUAUGCAUUCUCGUCGUGUUAUGCAUAGAGAUAUAAAGCCAGCUAAUGUAUUCAUUACAGCUACAGGAGUAGUAAAGCUUGGAGACCUUGGACUUGGUCGAUUUUUCAGCUCCAAAACUACAGCUGCACACUCUUUAGUUGGUACACCUUAUUAUAUGUCUCCAGAGAGAAUACACGAAAAUGGUUACAACUUCAAAUCCGACAUCUGGUCUCUAGGCUGUCUGCUCUAUGAGAUGGCUGCACUGCAGAGUCCCUUUUAUGGUGAUAAAAUGAACUUGUACUCCCUGUGCAAGAAGAUAGAACAGUGUGACUACCCACCUCUCCCUUCAGAUCACUAUUCAGAGGAACUGCGACAAUUAGUUAAUAUGUGCAUCAACCCGGAUCCAGAGAAGCGACCAGACAUCACCUAUGUGUAUGAUGUAGCGAAACGUAUGCACGCACACACUGCAAGCAGCUAAGCAGGCAUCACAUCCUGAGGAAGAGAACAGAAAUAACCAAGUAUUUUAAAGAAGUCAUCCCACCUCUUUGUUUGUGUGUUACAGAAAUGUAAUUAUUUGAAGGUUACUGUUGUGCUUUGAAUUGUAAACGAAUUUAUAUACAAGCUUUUUGUUUUCUGUUUAUUUCUUUUGUAUUUUUUACUAACUUGCAGAUGUACAACAUGUUUAAAUAUGUAAAGCAUAACUUUAAAAGAUACAGAGAACCACUGUUUUCUAUGUUAAGUGGGUUCAAGUAUAUUUUCUUUUAAUAACCAAAUUGUAUUCGGUUGGGCCUCAGUUCUAAAACACAGUUGCACUUUUGCACAUGAUACAGAUAUUAGGCUUAUUAUCCAGAAGCAAAAUGUCUGAAUCUCUCACCUUUUUAGUAAUUUAUGGAAAGUAUCAAUCAGCACAAUUAAUUUCAUUUUUAUCUUUGUUCUAAGAGGAACAUAAUUGUUAGAGAAGGUUUAUUGUAUUUUAUAUUGAAUUGUAGUUCUCAGCGUAAGAAUAGACAGGCAAUAGAAUUAGUUCUCUGCUUGCCAAAUGUGAUGGGAAAAUAACUUUUGGGAAAACCUGUCAUGCUGAAAUUCUGGUAACAUCCCUUUUUGUUUUGUUCUUCUGUCAUAAUGUAUGUAAAGCAUUCGUUGGAGGUUUUCUGGCAAAAUUUAAGAUGUUGGUUCUGCAAUCUGAUCAUUUUCAAUAGACUCGUGCAGCACUGCCCUAGGGCAGUGGGAGCUGCAUAGUUAAGUCUUAACCGUGCAGAUGCCUCUUGGAGCAAAUAGGGUUCUUCUGAGGCUGGCAGUUAUGAGAAGGUCAGAUUACAAUGCCAUCAACUUCCCAACUGUUUAUGUAUGUGUCACUGUUUGUAGAUUUCUGUGGUUAAAGUAAUUUGAAUGGCCUUACAGUAUAUUGAAAUGCAAUUGUUUUUAAAUACAGAAACCUUUUGGAAAAGCUGUACUAAUAUAGUAUAGCAAAAAAGUAUUCUUCUGGAAUAUCUUGUUUUGUAUACCAUAUCCUGAUAUUUAGUUUUGUACUUGGUAAGAACAAAUCUUAGCUUUAAUGUUUAAGAGAAAGUUGCCAUCCCUUUAUUUGGGAAAGAAAUGUAUAUGCCAAAUGUCUUACAAAUACUUUAUUAGUUGAAAAGGAAAUUCAGAGUAUUUUUGUUAGACUUGAGUACCUUUUUUGGAUAUGCUUCAAGGAAUAUUUUUAUUGCUAACAAAGGAAGGUGUCUUGUUUUUAAAUGUGGAAAAAAUGGAGAAUGGACAGAAAUUUCUUGAGUUUCAAGACUGAACUUUUUAUACAGAACUGUUGAGAUAUGAUUAUUAUUUGCGAUAUUGCUAAGAAGCUGUUGUGGUCAGUUAUGUCUUUUUCCUCACGUGGGUAAAAAGAAGUUAGUUCAAAUAAAAGCAGUGGUAUUGUAUAUACAUACAGACACGGGUUCUAGAUGCAGUCAGUUCCUUGCACGCUCAGACUUGCUUUCUAUUUUGUUUCUCUGUGCAGUUUUAAUUUUUGAUACAAUCCUCAAAGAAGAAAAACCCAACUGUGGGGUUUGUGGAGGAAAUGUUCAAGCAAGGCAGGGUUUAUUCUGCUUUUGUAGUUUUUCAGCUACGAGUACUACGGAAGCUGUGUUUGGCAAAACACAGGAGUUUUUAAACAGUAUGUGCCAGAUGAUCAGUUUAUCUUGUAGAGUGAGUCCAUAGUUUUCCCUCUGGCUUCUUUAGAACUUGAUCUUAAUCUUGUGCUGAAUACUUAAUCUUCUAGAACUUCAGUGGAACAAUCUGUAGGGAGGAAGUAUCUGAAAAGCCUUGGUUUGUGUCUAGCAGCCUCUGCAUUUGUUUUUGUUCAGAAUCUGAUUAUUGAAUUUAAAAAAUGAUGGUUAUGUUCUAUAGCAAUAGUUCACAUGUCAUAGAAUGAAAAGGUUUGUAUUGGGAAAAGGCAGCACAAUACUUCCUUGAUUGUCAGGAUUAUCUCUUAAUAUGCACAAGUAGUCAAACUAUUUUUUCUGAAAUGUGCUAGAACAUUUAAAAAUCACUGAAAAAAACCCACUGCAGUCAGAUUAUUUGCAUCUUAUGCUGUGCAUCAAGUAUUGAACUUUUCCUGAAAUAAACCAAUUACAAAUUUUAUGGGGUUUUUUUUCCUCAUGUCUGUCAUUGAGGAAAGAAAUCAUGAGUUAAGAGUUAGCAAACGUGUGUACUUAAACAGUGUCAUUUUUUUCAUUGUUUUUUGAUAUUUAUAAUUAAACCUUGGGCUGAGGAAAAGAAAUAGUUGUUACUGGUUUAAAAUCUGCAAAAUGAAUGGUACAGAUGACUCUGGUACCAAACUUUAUAAUUAAGAAGCCCAAAUGGAUUAAUAGAGCUGCUUAUAUAACUGGGGAUUGUAGAUUCUAUGCCCUAAGCAAAGCACCUGGUAACAUAUGAAAAUGAUAAGUCAGUUAUAGCACUCCCAUGUGUGCUAUGCGCUUAUAAAAUAUUUUCUUUUAUAAAACACCAUUCUAUUUUUCAUAUGUUGUCGAUGGUGACAUUUGGCACUAUUUAUUUUAAGCUCUGGCAUUACGUGUUCAUUUUCUUCAAAGAGAAUCUGUUAUGUUUUUAACCAAAAUGUCUGAGUAACUCCUCCUUUUAUUUCAGUAAUGCUACAGUAUUAACUUGCUUCAUGAACUUUGUGCUUUGAAUGACAUUGCAUAAGGUCUUUGUCUUGUCUUGAACGCUCCCGGCUGUGCAGUAGUCCAGUAGAAAUAAAACAAGAUAUUAAAUGUCAGGUAAGAGGAUAGUGUUUCUAUGAUAUUUUUUCAAACUCUUCUUGUUACAGAUAUAUAUAUAUGUUACAGUAGAUUCAGCCGAACUUGAGGACAAUUUACUGCUUCCAGUAGUUAAUUAUAGGUGUUUUCUCUACUGCAACAAAAGACAGUUCAUUCAGAAGAAUCUUUUUCCUCUUAAUUCUAACAAAGUCAUCUAAACCCUUUAUAUCAGUUGUUUUCCCAAUUAACCCAAGAGAGUGUUUUUAUCUAAAAUUUAAAAAGAAAUCUAAAAUUGUUUUCAGACAAUCUAAAAAUAUCUGAAAAGCUUAAAAAUAAUGAAGAGCUCCCAUCAGGGCCCCGAUUCUGUGAGUUCUGUUUUUUAUAGGGAGGCUGUUUUUUCUGUACUUUCAGCAGUUUGACAUGAACCUCAUAUACACACAUGAAUAAAGAGUAAUCAGUAGGAUACAUAGAAAUGAUGUGCUCACCUCACUUCUUAUACUUUCUGUAUGUCAUUGGUUUGGUAGCAGGGAAUAAUGUGGGCUUUUUUUCCACCCCCUCUUCUGUUGCACUCUAAUGAUUCAGCCACCGAUGGUACGAGCAGGCAAUAGAAGUGUGUCGUCUGCUUUGUAAUGAGCAGAAACUUUAAAAACAUGCCACUGUACUGGAAGAUGAAGUGCAGUAUUAGAAGUACCUAGGAAGGCUGGUGUUUUAUUCAUGCUCCUGAUUAAGAAAGCCACAGAGUGAAAUUCUUGACAGAGGCUUGGAAAUGGAGAAGGGCUUCUUAUGCCAGUGGUUCUCAGAUAUCUCCAAAUGGGACCUAAAAUCACACUGAUGUUUGUUUCCAACAACCUGUCCACUUAGUCUGUCUUCGCUGUUGCACAGUGAGAUGAGAGGCUGAAUUUGAAUGCUGAUGACAAAUACUGUGUCAGGUGUUUGAGCUUCUAGGAACAGGAGGUUGAUGUGAGGGAGAGUCAAUGAAUGCCUUCAAAUCUAGCUUUGUGGAGAGCUAAUUUAAUCUGGAAAUAAAGGUGCUGGAUAGCAGAGUUGAAAUCACUGCUUUUAUAUUGUUCUUAAUGCUUCUUUAAUAGUCAGAAGUUUUCCCAACUCUGUCUUAGCCCCACAUCAUCCAGCCAGUGGCAGUGCUGGUCUUCUGAAUUUCUGAUUUCUGGUUCAAUGUGGGUCAGUAGCUAAAGCUUUGCACCAGGAUCACCUGAGGAGGGAAAUAGGGGUGCUGGGCAUGCCCAGUGGGGGGUUAUGUAUGUUUCCGAACAUGACUCAAAUAUAGAUUUUUAAGGUUCUUUUUCAAACUUCACUCCCUUCCCUGAGCCUUGUUCUUCAAUUGAUGCUUUUAAAAAAUUGUUUCCCUUUCAUAUUCACUCUGAAGUCCUACAAUUUCUAUCUUCCACUGCUUCUGCUUCAUCUGUUCAGUUGUUUGCUCUACCCUCUUCUUGAAGUCCUUUCUGUCUAGUUUUCCUAGUGACCAUGAGUUUGCUUCUUUCUUUGUGACUUUGCUAAACUCAACUGUCUUCUCAAAUUUUAUCCCUCACCAUGGGCAAGCCCUAUUUUUCUUUUUUCCUCUGAUAACUACUUUAUUCCGUUGUUCUUCAUUCUGUUUUUCCAGCCUGAUGCCUUUGAUUUCCAGUUUUAGACAGAUUUUUCUCUCUGCCUCAAUCAUUCCCAUGACCUUGUCUUUACUAAAUACUGUUCACUUUAUUAUAUCUCAUUUCUAAAUUCCCUUUCUCUGAUCACUACCUGCUCUCUUUCAGCUUAUCUGUCUUUCUCUCUCCUCUAUCCUGUCACUCACUCCUUUUGGGAUCUCCAGUCUAUUAACCUUUCUGACUCCUUUACUCUUCUCAGCUGCCUCCUUUCUUCAUUGGCCUCACUUCCUUUGACUCACUGGUCUUUAUUUUCAUCUCUAUCUGCUUCUCUAUGUGUGGCUUCUUUGGUUCACAUUGCCCCAUCUCCAUUCCUCUCCCCGUGUAAUUUCUUAAUUUCAGUUCCUACCUUUCUGAAUAUCUCUGAAGAGUAUGUCUGCAAACCACAGCUUUGGACUCAGCUUUGCCUUACCUGUUUUACUUCUUUUUCCCAGUGGACUUAUUAACCACUUUAAUCCUCCCUUUUUUCAAUUGUUGAGCUUGCUUGCAGACUUGCUGUCUAUUUUAGUUCUUCAUCCAUUCUCAAUACAAAAUGUAUCUUCAAAACCAAUCCCGAUUUUCAAAAUUGUUCUACUGGAUCAGAAUCCGUUUCUGAACUGGGCUUCUCCACCUCUUAACUGUAAGAAGUUUGUCCUUUCUAUUUCUGUCUUUUAUGCUUCUCUCAUUCCUUUCAUUGCAUAUUUUCUUCCUUUUCAUAUACUCCUGUCAUUUCUUUCACUAGCAACGAAAUUUCUCUUCCUUCUGUCUUGAAGGGGAUGGCACUUAACUUCCUAACUGGCUGUUCUUUUCUUAAUACUUUGCCCUUUAUUCUCCAUUUGUUAUCCCCUGAUUUCAUGGAUCUGAACAUCCUCACUCCAGUUUGUGUGCAAGGUUUUGGCUUUAAACUUUAAUUUGAAUAGUCCUAAAAUCCAGUGCUUUCUUCUUCAGUUCAGUUCUCCCAUAGAUCUAUCUCCAGAUGAUGCCUUGAGUAUCCAGCCACAGUCCUGUUUGGAUUCAGAGAUCUCGUUUUUAUUCCUAACACCCUCUAGGCUGUUUUCUGACAUCCCUGACAAUUUUGUUUGCUUAUUUUCCAGGACCACAAUCUUUCUAUCUGACACUUCUCAUAUGUCUGCAUAUCAAAUGUCUCAGAGUUGGUAGAAGCAGAUUUCAGCCCUCUCCACUAUCUCUCUUCUUUUAUCUUUACUGUUUUAACCUCUGUGUCAUUUAGACUUCUUUUCUGUCUUCAGAGUAUCAAAAUUGACAGGACUAAACUUCUGUUGUCAAGCUUUAGCUGUUUCAUGUACUAAAUUUACCAAAUUACUACUAGUUCUGUGUUGUGGACUUGAGUCCCACAAAUUUGCUCUUAUUUCAGGAUGGUAGAGCUGUUGUAGAUUAUGUUCCUCCAAGUACUUCAAAAGACCUUGAAUUUGGGCCUUGAUUUAGUUUUCUACUGCUUCAGAUGCCAGUUUUUUGGCCUUCAUUUCUUUGUAUGUUACUGUAUGUAACUUUUUCUUGUCUCUGCAUGUAUAGCUAACAAUUGUUUUCUUGUUAUAGCAGCUUGAUUUCAGUGCUUUUACCAUCACUUGAAUUAAGAAUGUGAUUUAAGAGCUUCACUGGCUGGAUCCAGAGUGGAAGGCACAGUGCUCCUCUUUGUUACUGUCACACCCUUGUGCUGGCUUCUAUUUGCUGCUCCAUAUCUUGCUUAACUGAAGAUAGACAAUAUUGUGCUGCAGAGUAGUGUAAAUACAGCUGAGCCAGCUGCAAACAAGGUAGCUCAUACACUUGCAGCAAUACUGCAGAUUCUUAUUGAAAGCAAAAAGUUUCUUUGUCCUGUAGGUCAAAAAACUGAGCUCUGUGCUGUGCUACUAUAUCCAUGCUACGCUAAUUUAAAGCCAAACCAGUUGUGUCUGCAUGGUGGACUGCAGGGUUUCCUGUGUAGGUGCACUAUCUAACUUCUCGGUUCAGAUUUGGAGACUGUAUGCAGAGAUUCACUGUUAGUCAAAUUGUCUGACCUUUGAUGGCUCAGAAUUAUCUUCACAAAAAUGAGGAGAUUGAGAAGCAAAAUUCCCCAUAGCACUGAGAAAUUUGGGGUUUUGAGCCUGUAGGUUGUAGAUCUGGAUGUCAAAUUCACACAUAUAAUCCCUGUUUAUUUGCCCCAGAAUAAUUAUUUUCUUUUAGAGGAUCAUUUGCUUGUUGUCACAAAACAAAGACAACUUUUCAGGUUUUAUGUUUAUUCUCUGUGCAUUGAGUUGCUUUCUGUUAAGUCCCAGCAAUAAAAGGAAGCCUCAAACUAGACAGAAAUGAUCCCCAAAAUAGGUAGAGAUAUUUUGGGAUUCUCUGCUUCUUCUUCACCCUCUAGGUCCUCAUUCCCUGGCUUCCCUCAGGUGCUUGCUGGGGGCAUGGCACUGCCAGUGGACUGAGGGCCAUAGAAAGUUGGAAAUGAAAAUGUUGAUGUUAUCUUGCUUAUGUUUCUAUGGUGUCCUUUCUCAAUGUGAAUGGGAAAUAUCCCAUUUUAAAACAACUAGGAAGAUCUUUGCUAUACAAUUGUUUAUUGGUCUUUACACAUUCCCUGUUACAAAGGGAAUUUUAAAUCAUGCAAAGGUCCUUACUUUGCCUUUUAAUGUGGUGUUGGUACUCAUCUGUGCACUUUAUUUGCUGGUUGUUUCUUUGAUUUCAGUCAUGUUGGGCUGCUGUAAAUAUGACCAUUAAAGACAAAUAUUGCAUUUUGUGGUAAGAUUUUGUUGCAAGGAAUGAAGAAGGAAAGCAUUCAUUGAUUUGUUGCAAUUUGGCUGCUAAUUGUGCUUGAAUCAAAUGGUAGAAUCAUUCAGGUUGGUAAGGACCUUGAGAGAGCUCUCCAAUCCAACCUCCUGUGAGAGCAGAGUCAGUGCUGAAUUCAGUCGGUUGCAUCUUGGAAACCUGUAGGGAUAGAGAUUGUGCAGCCUCUCUAAGGCAGCCUGCUGUAAUGCUUAGUUAGCUUCACUCUAAACCUUGUUUUCCUCAUGUUCAGUCAGAAACUCCUCAGUUACAAAUGAUGACUGUUGUUUGUUCUCUCGCCACUCCCUUAAGUGUUCUUCAUAUUGCAAAAAAGGCAAGUCAGAUAAUGAAACAAACAGAGAACUUAUGAUGCUUAUAAUCUUUUAUUUUCUGAGACUCUUGCAAACAAAUAACUAUGUUCAUAUAGUACCUAUGUAUCCUGUAUGCCAUGUACACCAUAUUUGUUUGUUACUUGAGUGUAAAAUAAAACUUUUGGCAGUAAAAACUUGAUAUAAAAGUUCCGUGAUGCUUAUGACCUGGAUGUUCUUCAUUUUUACCUCUUUUAAAUCUGCUAGAUGUUUCCUGGCAGAGCACAGUUCUGCCUGCCUUAAUGAAGCAGGGAAAUCGGAAUCUUGAACACAGCUGCAUUUCUGCUUUCUGGAGCCUGCCUUGAGGAAGAUAGCUUCCCUCCAGGGAUGGGGUGGGAUGGGAAGGAAGCUACCAUGCAGUAGGGUAACUGUUGUUAUGAGAGCUCUACUUUUAAAGUCGCAGGUGCUGGUGGAAACUUGCCUAGAGAGAUUUAUCAAAACUGAGGUUUGAGGAGGAAAAUGACCAGGGUGGUUGGUGGGGCUUCAUUUUUUUCAGAGUAGUACUUGAUUUUGGUAAAUUUUCCCAUGUGUUCAAUGAGACUUUUAAGAUUUGAAACUUCUGACCACAAACUUCUUGGAAGUAAAUAAAGAUUAUGACAGAUUCAGUUCUAAAUUCAACAGAAAUUCAGUCUUAUGAGACAAUUUCCUCAGCAACUCACUCCUUGAGUAAUAGCAAACAUGGGACAAGCGUUGCCUUGUCUUGUUUUCGUGUUUUCCUGCGGUGUGUUUUU